UCGCAGGCGCAGCCCGAUCGCGGGCGCCGGAGCGGCUGGCGGCGGGCGGGCGGGCGGGCGGGCAGGCAAGGGCAAGGGCAGCGGCAGCCGUGGCGCUCGGGCUGCGGGGCCCGAGGCUCGGAGGGGGUCCGCGGACAGGUGUGCAGGCGGCCCGCACCGCGAUCCCGAGCCGGGGAGGCGAGCGGGGAUCCCCCCUCGGGUGGUGUUGCCCGGUCUCGGCGCGUGGCCGCGGGUUUGGGGGACCACGACCGGGCGGGCCCCCUCCCACCCCGGAACCUAGUGCUGGGCCGGGCCGGGCUAGGGUGGGGGGCGGCCCGCCCGGCUCGCCCAUGGGCGCAGGAUGCCGGUGCGAAGGGGCCACGUCGCUCCGCAGAACACCUUCCUGGACACGAUCAUCCGCAAGUUUGAGGGCCAGAGCCGCAAGUUCAUCAUCGCCAACGCGAGGGUGGAGAACUGCGCCGUCAUCUAUUGCAACGACGGCUUCUGCGAGCUGUGUGGCUACUCGCGGGCCGAGGUGAUGCAGCGGCCCUGCACCUGCGACUUCCUCCACGGGCCGCGCACGCAGCGCCGCGCCGCCGCGCAGAUAGCGCAGGCCCUGCUGGGCGCCGAGGAGCGCAAAGUGGAGAUCGCCUUCUACCGGAAGGAUGGAAGCUGCUUUCUGUGCCUGGUGGACGUGGUGCCCGUGAAGAAUGAAGACGGUGCCGUCAUCAUGUUCAUCCUGAACUUUGAGGUGGUGAUGGAGAAGGACCUGGUGGGGUCCCCGGCCCGAGACACCAAUCACCGCGCCCCCCCCACCAGCUGGCUGGCCCCAGGCCGCGCCAAGACCUUUCGCCUGAAGCUGCCCGCGCUGCUGGCCUUGACGGCGCGGGAGGCGCCUGUGCGUCCCAGCGGCACGGGCGGCAGCGGCGCGGGGGCCGUGGUGGUGGACGUGGACCUGACGCCCACAGCGCCCAGCAGCGACUCGCUGGCUCUGGACGAGGUGACGGCCCUCGACAACCACGUGGCGGGCUCCGGGCCGGCGGAGGAGCGCUGCGCGCGGCCCGGACCCGGCUCUCCAUCCCUGGCUGCCGUGGUAGCGGGUGCGCUCGGCCCGCACCCCUCGCCGCGUGCGCACAGUCUCAACCCCGAAGCUUCGGGUUCCAGCUGCAGCCUGGCGCGGACGCGAUCCCGGGAGAGCUGUGCCAGCGUGCGCAGAGCCUCGUCGGCCGAUGACAUCGAGGCCAUGCGUGCUGGGCCGCUGCCCCCGCCGCCUCGCCACGCCAGCACCGGGGCCAUGCACCCUCUGCGCAGUGGCUUGCUUAACUCUACAUCCGACUCGGACCUCGUACGCUACCGCACCAUUAGCAAGAUACCCCAAAUCACCCUCAACUUCGUGGACCUCAAAGGUGACCCCUUCUUGGCGUCACCCACCAGCGACCGGGAGAUCAUAGCCCCCAAGAUAAAGGAACGGACCCACAAUGUCACUGAGAAGGUCACUCAGGUCCUAUCCCUGGGUGCUGAUGUGCUGCCCGAGUACAAGCUGCAGGCACCACGCAUCCACCGCUGGACCAUCCUGCACUAUAGCCCCUUCAAGGCAGUGUGGGACUGGCUCAUCCUACUUCUGGUCAUCUACACGGCUGUCUUCACGCCCUACUCGGCUGCCUUCCUGCUGAAGGAGACAGAAGAGGUUGCGGUGAAUGCCGACUGCGGCUACACCUGCCAGCCUCUGGCUGUGGUGGACCUCAUCGUGGACAUCAUGUUCAUUGUGGACAUCCUUAUCAACUUCCGCACCACUUACGUCAACGCCAACGAGGAGGUGGUGAGCCAUCCGGGCCGCAUUGCCGUGCACUACUUCAAAGGCUGGUUCCUCAUCGACAUGGUGGCCGCCAUCCCCUUUGAUUUGCUCAUCUUUGGCUCAGGCUCUGAGGAGUUGAUCGGGUUGCUGAAGACUGCGCGGCUGCUGCGGUUGGUGCGUGUGGCCCGGAAGCUGGACCGCUACUCUGAGUACGGUGCGGCUGUGCUCUUCCUGCUCAUGUGCACCUUUGCACUCAUCGCUCACUGGCUGGCCUGCAUCUGGUAUGCUAUUGGCAACAUGGAGCAGCCACAUAUGGACUCACGCAUCGGCUGGCUGCAUAACUUGGGCGACCAGAUCGGCAAGCCCUAUAACAGCAGUGGCCUGGGGGGCCCGUCCAUUAAGGACAAGUACGUCACGGCGCUCUACUUCACCUUCAGUAGCCUCACCAGCGUGGGCUUUGGCAAUGUGUCCCCUAAUACCAACUCAGAAAAGAUCUUCUCCAUCUGCGUCAUGCUCAUCGGCUCCCUUAUGUACGCCAGCAUCUUCGGCAACGUGUCAGCCAUCAUCCAGCGGCUCUACUCGGGCACUGCGCGCUAUCACACUCAGAUGUUGCGCGUGCGGGAGUUUAUCCGCUUCCACCAGAUCCCCAACCCGCUACGCCAGCGCCUGGAGGAGUAUUUCCAGCACGCCUGGUCCUACACCAAUGGCAUCGAUAUGAAUGCAGUGCUGAAGGGCUUCCCCGAGUGCCUACAGGCUGACAUCUGUCUGCACCUGAAUCGCUCACUGCUGCAGCACUGCAAGCCCUUCCGGGCAGCCACCAAGGGCUGCCUGCGGGCCCUCGCCAUGAAGUUCAAGACCACACAUGCGCCUCCAGGGGACACGCUGGUGCACGCUGGGGAUCUGCUCACCGCCCUCUACUUCAUCUCCCGGGGCUCCAUCGAGAUCCUGCGGGGUGAUGUUGUUGUGGCCAUUCUGGGGAAGAAUGACAUCUUUGGGGAGCCUCUAAACCUCUAUGCACGGCCUGGCAAGUCCAAUGGUGACGUGCGGGCCCUCACCUACUGCGACCUGCACAAAAUCCAUCGUGAUGAUCUACUGGAGGUGUUGGACAUGUAUCCGGAGUUCUCCGACCACUUCUGGUCUAGUCUGGAAAUUACUUUCAACCUGCGAGACACCAACAUGAUCCCUGGCUCUCCUGGCAGCACGGAUCUCCAGGGCGGUUUCAACCAGCAACGCAAACGCAAGCUGUCUUUCCGAAGGCGCACAGACAAGGACCCAGAACAUCCAGGGGAGAUGUCAGCUUUGGGCCCAGGCCGGGCAGGGCCAGGGCUCUGUGGCCAGGGCCGGCCAGGGGGCCCAUGGGGAGUGAGCCUUUCCAGUGGCCCCUCCAGCCCCGAAACCAGUGAGGAUGAGGACCCCGGCCGCAGUGCCAGCCCACUGCACCUGGUACCCUUCUCUAGCCCCCGGCCCUCUGGACAGCCCCUGGGCGGGGAGCCCCUUGCUGAGGAGGGUGAGAAGAGCCGAGAUACCUGUAACCCACUGUCAGGGGCCUUUUCAGGAGUGUCCAACAUAUUCAGCUUCUGGGGGGACAGUCGUGGUCGCCAAUACCAGGAGCUGCCGCGAUGCCCUGCACCUACCCCCAGCCUGCUCAGCAUUCCCCUUGCCAGUCCAGGCCGGAGGUCAUGGGGGGAUGUGGAGACCAGGCUGGAUGCCCUGCAACGGCAGCUCAAUAGGCUGGAGAGCCGGCUGAGUGCAGACAUGGCCACAGUCCUGCAGCUGCUGCAGAGGCAGAUGGCACUGGGUCCGCCCGCCUACAGUGCUGUGACCACCCCGGGCCCUGGCCCUGCCUCCACCUCCCCUCUGCUGCCCGGCAGCCCCGUCCCCACUCUCACUCUGGACUCACUUUCUCAGGUUUCCCAGUUCAUGGCGUGUGAAGAGCACCCCCCUGGGGCCCCAGAGCUCCCCCAAGAUGGCCCCACGAGACGCCUCUCCCUGCCGGGUCAGCUGGGAGCCCUCACCUCCCAGCCCUUGCACAGACACGGCUCAGAUCCCGGCAGUUAGUGGCAUCGCCUGGUGUGGAUGCGUGGCUCAUCCAGGGCUCAGCACAUGGCUGGGGCCCUGCCCAGGAGGCUCUGCCCAGGAGGCCGUGGCUUCGGAACAGAGAGGAACAGGAAGGCACGGCGCUGACCACCUGGCCUGGGUACCAUCUCCUCUGGUGCCUCCCAGAAGGGGUGGGGUGGGGCCGGGCAGUGGUUGGGGGUCUGUGGCCCUUCACUGCCCAGGGGGCAUUAGCUGGUCUAACUGCCCGGAGGCAGCCGGCCCUGGGCCUUAGUGCACCUCAAGGACUUUUCUGCUAUUUACUGCUCUUAUUGUUAAGGAUAAUAAUUAAGGAUCAUAUGAAUAAUUACUGAAGAUGCUGAUGACUAUGAAUAAUAAAUCAUUAUCCUGACAAGACUACAGUAA